AUGGCCGCACACAGCGUCGAUGAAAGCAUUUUUGGGUUGUAUUCUGACGAGCACUCGUGUCGGACUAGUGCUAGUCAUAAAUGCUCGACUUGCAGGAAGCAUUUUGAGAGGAAGGAUAAAAAACGUGCGUGCUCUGCCUAUGUAAACAACGUAAAAGAAGUGCAAAACGACGCCAUGAAAACAAGAACACUUUUGCCAACAAGCGAAAAAGUAGUACAGGCGCUCAGUGUAGAAGCUGCAAGCGCUGUGGUCGUUCGGCUGCUGACUUUUUCACCGGUUAUAAAACGUGCAGAGCUUGUAUACUGGCAAAGCGGCGGAAAACGAAGUGUAUACCUCAGAAUGAACUGGUUGCACGCGGAACAUUCGACUAUGACGUCUUCGACUGAACAUCCGAAACGUUUUUCUUCGCUCGCCACAAAUCACGUGUGCCUUGAGUUGCGUGACGCAUACAACGCAGGCUGGCUCUGUGCUCACGGAAGGAACACAACUUCUCAGAUCAGAGGCGUUCGUUUGUGA